AUGCAGAUCUUUGUGAAGACCCUGACAGGGAAGACCAUCACCCUGGAGGUGGAGCCCAGUGACACUAUUGAGAAUGUCAAAGCCAAAAUCCAAGACAAAGAGGGCAUCCCUCCUGACCAGCAGAGGCUCAUCUUUGCAGGCAAGCAGCUGGAAGAUGGUCGCACCCUGUCUGACUACAACAUCCAGAAAGAAUCCACCCUCCAUCUGGUCCUGCGUCUCAGAGGUGGUAUGCAGAUCUUUGUGAAGACCCUGACAGGCAAGACCAUCACCCUGGAAGUGGAGCCCAGUGAUACUAUUGAGAAUGUUAAAGCCAAAAUCCAAGACAAAGAGGGCAUCCCUCCUGACCAGCAGAGGCUCAUCUUUGCAGGCAAGCAGCUGGAAGAUGGUCGCACCCUGUCUGACUACAACAUCCAGAAAGAAUCCACCCUCCAUCUGGUCCUGCGUCUCAGAGGUGGUAUGCAGAUCUUUGUGAAGACCCUGACAGGCAAGACCAUCACCCUGGAGGUGGAGCCCAGUGACACUAUUGAGAAUGUUAAAGCCAAAAUCCAAGACAAAGAGGGCAUCCCUCCUGACCAACAGAGGCUCAUCUUUGCAGGCAAGCAGCUGGAAGAUGGUCGUACCCUGUCUGACUACAACAUCCAGAAAGAAUCCACCCUCCAUCUGGUCCUGCGUCUCAGAGGUGGUAUGCAGAUCUUUGUGAAGACCCUGACAGGCAAGACCAUCACCCUGGAGGUGGAGCCCAGUGAUACUAUUGAGAAUGUCAAAGCCAAAAUCCAAGACAAAGAGGGCAUCCCUCCUGACCAGCAGAGGCUCAUCUUUGCAGGCAAGCAGCUGGAAGAUGGUCGUACCCUGUCUGACUACAACAUCCAGAAAGAAUCCACCCUCCAUCUGGUCCUGCGUCUCAGAGGUGGUAUGCAGAUCUUUGUGAAGACCCUGACAGGCAAGACCAUCACCCUGGAAGUGGAGCCCAGUGACACUAUUGAGAAUGUCAAAGCCAAAAUCCAAGACAAAGAGGGCAUCCCUCCUGACCAGCAGAGGCUCAUCUUUGCAGGCAAGCAGCUGGAAGAUGGUCGCACCCUGUCUGACUACAACAUCCAGAAAGAAUCUACCCUCCAUCUGGUCCUGCGUCUCAGAGGUGGUAUGCAGAUCUUUGUGAAAACCCUGACAGGCAAGACCAUCACCCUGGAGGUGGAGCCCAGUGACACUAUUGAGAAUGUCAAAGCCAAAAUCCAAGACAAAGAGGGCAUCCCUCCUGACCAGCAGAGGCUCAUCUUUGCAGGCAAGCAGCUGGAAGAUGGUCGCACCCUGUCUGACUACAACAUCCAGAAAGAAUCCACCCUCCAUCUGGUCCUGCGUCUCAGAGGUGGUAUGCAGAUCUUUGUGAAGACCCUGACAGGCAAGACCAUCACCCUGGAAGUGGAGCCCAGUGACACUAUUGAGAAUGUUAAAGCCAAAAUCCAAGACAAAGAGGGCAUCCCUCCUGACCAACAGAGGCUCAUCUUUGCAGGCAAGCAGCUGGAAGAUGGUCGCACCCUGUCUGACUACAACAUCCAGAAAGAAUCCACCCUCCAUCUGGUCCUGCGUCUCAGAGGUGGUAUGCAGAUCUUUGUGAAGACCCUGACAGGCAAGACCAUCACCCUGGAAGUGGAGCCCAGUGAUACUAUUGAAAAUGUCAAAGCCAAAAUCCAAGACAAAGAGGGCAUCCCUCCUGACCAACAGAGGCUCAUCUUUGCAGGCAAGCAGCUGGAAGAUGGUCGUACCCUGUCUGACUACAACAUCCAGAAAGAAUCCACCCUCCAUCUGGUCCUGCGUCUCAGAGGUGGUAUGCAGAUCUUUGUGAAGACCCUGACAGGCAAGACCAUCACCCUGGAAGUGGAGCCCAGUGAUACUAUUGAGAAUGUCAAAGCCAAAAUCCAAGACAAAGAGGGCAUCCCUCCUGACCAGCAGAGGCUCAUCUUUGCAGGCAAGCAGCUGGAAGAUGGUCGUACCCUGUCUGACUACAACAUCCAGAAAGAAUCUACCCUCCAUCUGGUCCUGCGUCUCAGAGGUGGCUGCUAAAUGACUUAAGAAAGCAUAAAUUGCCAAUGAUAGCAUUUUUUGCACUUAUUAGCUCUUAAAUCUUAAGUUUUGAGAUUACCUGGUUCAGUAACAGCUGAGCAAAAUGCUAAUAAAAGUUUUUGUUGCACAUUGA